UCUAUUCCCUAAAUACCCCGAUGGAUUCUUCUUCAAGUUCAUUAUCAUCAACGGAACAUGCGGAAGCAUCCCAACUUCUGAAAAAUAUUCUAAAUGUUGGGAAGUCUGCAUCAUCUACACGAGAUCAAGGAUUACCUGGGUAUCCAGUCAAGAUGAAUGGCACACCUGCUGCGUCGGCGAGCUAUGACAGCAACAGCCCCCUGAACAACAGCACAACUUCCCGGCCGCACAAUAUUGAAGAUUUCAUCAAAAGUCUCAAUGCGUCUUCUUCCACUAAACAACAAAUUCUGCUACAGGGCUCUGACAGUGCCAGUAGUUUUGGUGUGUAUGGACAAGAAGUGGAAAUUAUUUCCAGCACAGCCAGUGGUUCUACACAGCCUUCAGCUGGUAGUAAUAAGGUGAAGAUCAUCCCAGCUGUCAACUAUGAGUGGGAGAAUAGGUAUUACUUGGGCAACCUCGUUGCCUCCCAUAAAAGUGGAUUAUAUAUAGCUUAUGUAUUAAAAGGUAAAUCUGGUGGCGUGGUACGAAUAACGAAUCGCAAGACUGCACAAAGAUCUCUCCUGAAAGGUUUUGCUGGCCUGGUCAGUGAUAUCGCAUUUGCAUAUCUACCAGAGGUCAUACUGGCUGUGGUGGAUGGUAUAGGCAAUUUGCACGUUUAUUCUAUAGAUGAAUCCAAGAAUGCAGCAAUACAAGUAAAUGUUAUUGUGCAAGUGAAUCGAGCGCCAGGCGCGGCACCAGCUGUUGAUCAUCGUGUGAUCUGGUGCCCUUACAUCCCGGAGGAAGAAGAUGAGGCUGAGGAUGACCCACCGGAUGAUGUUGGAAAGCUGCUGGUCUUGACUCACGAUAAUUGUGCUGAAAUGUUCAACAUUGAUAUGAUACUGAAGGAGCAUGCUGAGGUGACUUUGAGUACGACUGAUAUUCGUGUUGGGUACCUUGCGGUAGAAAACCAUGAAAAGGCAAUCGUUGAUGCUGCAUUCUCGCCAGAUGGAACAGCUCUAGCUACUGCUAGUUUAGAUGGUGAAGUCCGUGUAUUCCAAGUCUACAUGCAUGACAAUACACAGCCCAGUUCUCCUGAUGAUUGCAGGUGCCUACACAAUUGGAAGCCUCAUGGCGGGAAGCCGCUCUCCUUCCUCAAGUUCUUGGAUGAUCACAAGGAGCCGAAGUCUCAAUUUUGGAAAUUUGCCCUAACUGGUGCUGAUCAAAAUCGUGAAUUGAAAAUAUGGAGUUGUGAAUCUUGGAGCUGCUUACAAACACUAAGAUUCUUUCCUCCGCCACACACACUGAACAAUGAAGAAGUUGAGCCGUGUCUUAAAGCAUCUGUCGAUUUAACAUCAAAAUAUGUGGUCUUAUCUGAUAUCAAACGAAGGGUACUGUAUGUUUUGUUCAUCCACCAAGACUGGGAAGUGGGCCGUGCCCAUGUCAGUUCUAUAUCAGAGUUCCUGCUAGCACAACCAUGCCUCAGUUUCUCGAUCUUAGAGGCAGGGAUUAAGAAAUUCAAGAAAACUAUUGAAGGAGGUCAUAUGAGUGAAUUCUCACCAGCUCACAGUGAGGAAGAUGAAGAUGAUGUCAAGGAAGACGAGUUAGUUGUAGGAGUCAUGGUCAAGAUGUAUGCUGUGCACACAAAGGCACUCCAAGAAUUGAUGAUCCAGUUCCAGCCAGAAUCGUCAAUCCCUUCACACGCUCUGUCCACAUCAUUUGUCAGUUCAGUCUCCCAGGAUGAAGCAGGCUUCAGAGACGCCCUGACAGAUGUAAGCAUGGACACAGUGUCUGACGCAGACCGAUCCCAUGAAUCGAGCAAACCGUAUCUACUUACUCCCGAUGCCUUCACCACAAGUCCAAGGAAAUAUGCCGACCAAGCAGCGCUUGAUAGUUUCCGAAGUAGUCUCACAUCAAGUACAAGUAGUUUCACACAAGUCACAGCCAUGGCAGAUGGCUCUAGCAGUUUCAUGGACCCUACGCUCCAGUCUCCUGGAAGCUCGAUCACCUUGACACCAACAUCAGUCACGCACGACCCCCGUGAGGUGUUGCAGACCUCCACGCCAACACAGACAUCUCUCGUUCAAGAUGUGCCUCUCCCACCGUCAACACCAGGUGAAGAUGAACUGAACUCCAGUCGAAGUUCCAGCAUAUUCAAUACUCCGAUCAUGGCCGGGGUAUCAUCUCCACGUAGUGCCCAGUCCCCGCUUGGCUCCAGCUCCUUAAUCGACUUGCAACCCUCGCCGAUGUCUAAACCAUCUGAUUUCAUGUCGCCGAGAAGCACAGGAAGCAGUGAGACCAGUCUAAAAGCGAGCUCGACUGUAAAAACGAUUGAUCUACUUGCCUCGACUGGUGCCGUCAAUGGUCCGUUGGCAACGUCUGAGACCGUAGAUGAUAUGUUCAGCAAGGAUGAUGCCUCUUCUCGCGGCUCACAGACCCCACGUAAGAAACUGCAGAGCAUGGGCAGCUCUAGUUCGACUAGUAUGGAAGUCAGUGACAUCCUUAGCCUCUCACGGAGGACAGAUGAAGGUUCAGGUGGUUCAGGUGAGGAGACUGCCCCUGUUGUGACCAAUGAUCUGAUCGGUGACAUCUCUCCUGCAUAUAUCUCGGCAGAAUCCAAGGAUUACAGUGGGGACGAUGAAAAGGGGAAGAAAGCUUACGAUGCCACAAUCUGGCCAAAGGCUCCAGAUGUCUCAAAUGAGGCCAAGAGAUUGGCAGUGGAAGCGCUGACGAAAAGUGGUGUUGCUGGGUAUGAUGUGGUUACGGAUGCUGUCCCUUGGUCUCCCGAUGAUGACCAGGCCAAACCAGACGGUGAAGGGCCUCUGGAAGAGGCCCUGGCUUGCAGUGGUGCUGCUCCAGAAGACCUGAGUGACGAUGGUGAGGACCAGGAUGAUGGCGAUGACGUGCAGGUCGAGGAGGAGGAGGACCUGAAAGAGGGAGAAGGCGAGCACACGCCCGCUCCUGGCAGCGAAUACAGCGAACGAGAGGAGACUGCUUCUCUUUCCUCCUCCAUGGAGAGUGCAAGAAAACGACUCCAUCAAACUCCGGUCACCGUGCACUCGACCAUUGGAAGUGGGGAUGGUCCACAAGUCAUUGGUGUUGAUCCUACCGCCCUGAAUCAGGUUCAAAUCUCCAUCGGCGAGGUGAUGUCCAUGCUACAAAUUCAACAGACGCAGAUUGAAGCCCUGCAGCAGGAGAUUGGACGACAGCAGUCAGGUCGAGAUGUGCUGAGCGGUGUAAAGAAUGAGAUGGGAAACCUCCAGGGAUCCAUAUCUGGUCAUCUAAACCAGAGACUAGAUGAUCAUACUCAACAACAGCAAAAUAUUCUACGUGAUGCCAUUAGCGAACGCCAACAGUCCGACCGUCAAAAGAAUGAACGUCUUUCACAGCAAGUUACGAAUGCGGUGACUGGCAAAAUUGAUAAGGCCAUUAAAGCAGAGAUGAAAAAUACUGUGGUUCCAAUUGUCCAGAAAACAUUGGAUCCGAUCAAAGACCAGCUGCAUAAUGAAAUGGCUCAGAAACUCACUGCCGCUGAUGCCCUUAUGAAGGACAACAUCAGCAAACUUGUAAGAUCAAAGCAAACGAUUGACUCGAUAGGACAAGCCGCUGCCUCUGCCAUUCAGGGUCCGCUCAACGCCACCUACAGGGAGUCGUUCCAGAAUACUGUGAUACCAGGCUUUGAGAGGGCCACGCAAAACCUCUUCCGACAACUCAAUGACACCUUUCAAAAAGGAACAAAGGAUUAUAUUCAACAGCUCGAAAGUCAACUGGAAAAAAUACAACGAAAACAACAGAGUGCGCGGGAUCCAUUCAUGAGCCAGUUGCAGACGUCACUGGAUACGUUCCAAACAACAGCAGAGCAGCUCCAGGAAUCGGUGAUGGGUUGUGUGAAGAAGGAAAUUGAGCGCCAUGUCUAUGGAUCCGUCAACAGGAUACAAGAUCAGUUGUCCAACCAAGUGAGGGAUAUCGUUAAACAUGAACUUGAAGCUGCCAUGAAAGAACAACAAGAGUCGUUGAAUCUAAGUCUGAUGAGCGCUGUACGAUCAAAUGCUGUGACGCCUGUCCCCACGAGCCCUGACCCCCAACAAUUACAGUCUCAUAUCUUACACUUGCUGCAGCAGGGCCAACUUAAUGUCGCAUUCCAGCAGGCAUUGUCUGCAUCUGACCUCAAUCUGGUCAUGUUUGUGUGCGACACAGUGAAUCCCACCCAAGUGUUCGAACAGGAGCCAUGUCCACUCCAGCAACCUGUUCUUCUCUCCCUUAUCCAACAACUAUCAGCUGAUCUAGGAAAUCACACCGAGCUAAAACACAAGUAUCUAGAGGAGGCCGUUAUGAAUCUUGACACAACAAAUGCAUUGACAAAAGAGCACAUGCCAAAUGUCCUGGGAUCACUCAUACAUAAGCUGACCAACUUCAUCACUGUUCACCCCUCGGACAAGAUGACCAGACCCAUGAAGAUGCUUCUGAUGGCAUCGCAAUCAUUACUGAAAUAAAUGACUGUUUGAACUUUCGUUUGUUAAGUUCAUGGGGACUUGCAAAAUGUUUCCUUGAGCUGACAAAAUUGGAUGUUGCAGCUGUGCACAUUAUCCUUUGUUUAUGAAGUUUGUUAAGACUUGCAAAAUAUUUCCUGAGGUGUUCCUAGAGCCGAUAACAUUGUUUGUGUUGCAGCUGCACAUGUUGUCCUUCAAUCAAUGUACAUCCUUUGUCGCAUCAUGUUAUCAAAUAAAACAGCGAUUUACAUCCGAAAUGAGUUGGCUAAAUGUCAGUGCAUUGUAGUGAGAUGGGAAAACAGUUCAUGGUAUCGAUCAUGUGAAUUUAUGUGAGUGCUAAUUUUUGGACUCAAAAUUACUUCUGAUUUGGAAAGUAAGUACAAUGUGUGUAAUAUGUUGUGUUCCUCGCACAGUUUGUUCCCAUGACAUUGUAGUACUUGUGAAGUACGAGAAUAUGCUAUUUUAACAUACCGGUACUAAUCAUAAAUUAUUGAAUGAGAAAACAAUUUUUCUAAUAAAUCGUGUCAAAGUAGAUAAAAUGAGCAGUCCUCUGAAAAAUGUACUACGUGUAUUCUACUUAACAAAAUUGUCUCAUAUCUUAACUAUGAUAUUAUUGGAUUAAUAAGGAGAUUUUUCUGGUAAACCGUAAAAAGACAACAUUUAUUUUUUCCCUGUCCAAAUCAAUAUAGUGGCUUGAAGCUAUUUUUAUUCCAAAUAAAUCUGCUUUUUUUUUCUGACACCGAUAUGGCACAUAAUAACCCAAUAAUUGUACAACAGUUUAGGGCAUUUUGAAGCACUUCUUUGUCAUUUUGUAAGUCUUACUCUCAUGAAUCUUCCUAAAAUAUAUAUGUUCAAGAAUUACUACAAAUGAAACUUCUGGAAAUUUCUUCAUUCAAAAGGUCUUUUCUGGUCUUUCACAGUGCCAGUUACACCUUCAAAACAUUGUUUUUAGUUUUUCCACCUUAGCUUUCUCUCAGAGUUGAUAAUUUUUGGUAAGUUGACUUAUGAAUGUGUCAUUUAAAAAAUGUUUCCUAAGUUUUCAGAAAUGUACAGAUACUUUUUAUUGAAGAUUAAAACCCUGAGAUUUUACGACA